AUGACGGUUUUUGGACUUGCCUUUGGUCAGACCCCUAAACAGGUCCAAAGUCUUAUAAGUAUUCUUUUCUCGAAUUAUGAUAAAAGAGUUCGCCCAGUUGCAGACCAAUCGUUACCGGUGAUUCUAGACGUCAGCUUUAAUCUCAUAAGUAUCAUCGGAGUUGAUGAAGUGAACGAGAAGCUGGAAAGUUCAGGAUAUUUAACGGUGCAGUGGCAUGAUGCAAUGCUGACUUGGGAUCCUGAAACAAACGACGGAAUUGAAAGAAUAUUUGUACCCCAGAACGAUAUUUGGAAACCAGACUUGGUACUAGGAAAUGGAUUUAAAAAGUUUGAGGAGUUUGGAGGAAGCUUUUACUUUGUUGACAUUCUGUGUACAGGUUUUGUAUUAUGGCAGCCUUUCCAGGUCUUUGAAAGUCACUGCACUAUCGAUACAACUUACUUCCCAUACGAUAAAGAAGUGUGCGAGAUAGUGUUCCGUGUUUGGAGUUACACAGUUUUAGAUGUAGAAAUUCGUACAUCUUCUGAUGGGGUUGACCUCCAGGGUUACAAGGAAAGCGGCGUCUGGGAAAUAACACACACAAAGGCUGAAGUUAGCAGGGGCUCGGCAGAAUCCAUGGUCACUUUUUCACUCUAUCUGAAGAGGAAGCCUCUGUACUUUGUUCUCAAUAUCAUAGUUCCCAUCUUGUUUCUCGGAUUGCUCACAAUUCUUGUUUUCGUUUUACCGGUUGACAGCGGCGAAAAGAUGUCGUAUGCAAUUACUGUCUUCCUGUCGUUUGCUGUUUUCCUUACCAUCAUCAAUACCCAAUUACCGGUUAGUUCAGACAGUACCUCUGUUUUGAGUUUUUAUCUUUUACUUCAGAUGUCAAUGGGCGUAUUGAUUUUGGUUAUCACGGCUUUGCAAAUUCGUCUGCACCACAGAGAUGCAACUGUUCCAAUAUCCAGAGUUUUUGAAAUAAUGGUGAAGUUCAAAAUAUGCUUGACAUGCUCUAAAUCUUUUCCAUUAUCGAAAAAUUCUGUUGGAUCUCUAACGACCUCAGACAAACAAGCAAGAAAUAAUCUGGAAACAAGUUGGGAAAAAUGGAAAGAGAACAAAACUGAGUGGAAGGAUGUUACUGCUGCUAUAGAUUCCUUUGCUUUCUACUUCUUUCUGAUCGUGUACAUUAUUUUCUCGGUCACUUUAUUUCUUUUUAUCGCUGUUUAA